AUUUUGUUCGGAUGAGUUAGCCCUCUGCGUAAAAACCCUUGAUCUUUGUUGAUUUGUGAAAUGUGACGCCUGUGUACCUCAUAGAAGUUUACGGUGCGUCGAAGUUAUUAAUCUGUGAUCAGUGUAAAGCGUAAAUAAAUCUAAAAUAAGUGUUGAUUGUUAAAUCAAACCCCAUUAAGAGUGUCAAUAAACACCAGUGGAUUACAUAUGGACUUAAAAAAGAUAGCAUCACCGUCAAACUCAGUCCGCCGCGGAUGUAAAAAAACUAUCGGGGCAUAAUGUGAAUGCCCGUGUGAUGCGCCCUCGUAGAACCGAGAGGGUAAAAAACAAUUUAGUGAUAAGUUUAUUUAGUUUAUUAUUAUCACUUAGGGGUGUAGAAUCAUUAUUAACAAUAAAAGUGAGAACAUAAGAAUAGAAAAAAAAAAAAAAAAUUAAAAUAGAGUGUAUAAAUAAUGGGUGAAACGGAGUCGGAUGAGACGUGGUCAGCCUGGUUCCUGGAUGCCAUCCGAAAGAUCCGUAGUCAGAAGCAGCGACCGAGUGUCGAGAGGAUAUGCCACGCGAUAAGGCAGCACCACAAUUACCACGAGGAGGAGAUCGGAGAGCACUUGGAGAAGGCAGUGAAGCGCGGGGUCGUGCUCAAGAUCUUCAACAAGGGUCAGUCCUCUUACAAAGACCCCGGGGGUCUUCAGUCCAAGCCGCUGAAGGUCUCCAAGACCACCGACCUCAGCAAAGUCCUCGGCAAGGCCGUCCGCGAGCUGGGAGAGCGCGAUGGCUCCACGCUUAAGAGCAUCGAGAAGUACGUCAGGCAGAGCCACACCGUCGAGGAGGAGGCUGAUGGAGAUCUCAGGACCUCCCUCAGGCUAUCGGCCAAGCGCGCUGUUGAUCGCGGGCUUGUCAUCCAGGAUGGCAGGCUUUUUAGGCAGCCCGAUCGCCCGCCGGUCAAGAAAGUCGAGAAGAUUGACGAGUCUUCUAAGCAGCAUCCAGCAGCCUUGCCAAUUUGCCGAGAGUGUUUGGGAACGACAGCAGCGGGGAACAACAACACUGCGAAGAAGAAUCUACCGGACAGACUGAGCAAAUGCAAUGUAUGUGGUGCUGCAGUGCAUUAUUCAUGUGCGCCCCCGGAGCUGGCGAGUAUCCUGGACCGCGGAAUUACGUGGUGCUGCGAUGACUGUGCGCCAACUUGUGCCGGCUGUGAGCUGGAACGCGAGUCCCAGAAUUAUUUGGUUAAGUGCGCGAACUGUUCCAAGUGCUAUCACCCGACGUGUCUCGACCCCGCACUUGAUAAGAAAAGCAAAGCACCCUGGAGGUGUCGGCACUGUCUUAAUUUCCACAGGACUGAUGAUACGCCCAAGCGUAGUAGUAAAUCUAGUAAUAAUAAUAGUAAUAAUAAUAAUAAUAGUAAUAGUAAUAGUAGUAAUAGUAAUAAUAAUAACAACAACAACAACAAUAACAACAACAACAAUCAGUUGCUCGCGCAAUCGCUCCAGCAAUCUCCACACCCGGAGCAUGCUCUAACGACCCCGGUGGUCAAGCAAGUACAAGAAGGCUCUCAGGAUGAAGGCUCACCUGUCACCGCCAGGAAAAGACUUAAUAAAAUUCGGGAGAAUCGAAAAUCACUAUCAUCCUACAAGAAGAGCCCAUCAACCGGCGUCCGAAAAUCGGGCGUAUCAUUAGAAAGCUCCAUAACUCGCCUCGGAACUGAAAAAGAACUAAUAAAAGAAUCAUCAAGAGGAAUAGGAAGUUGCGGGACGGUGUCACAGGUGGACAGCAGCUCGGACGGUAAUGCGGGUGUUGUCUCCCUCGGUGAACCCUUGCCCCCUUUAUCCUCCCAGACUCCCUCGUCCCCACCUUCAUCGGUAGCUCCCCCACUCGCGGGCCAGGGUAGGCUGCUCGAGGAGAAGAGUGAUCGGAUUUCCAAGGAGAAGCAGAAGUUCUUUAGGUCUAGCGCGUUCAACGCCGAGCACUCUAAGAAAAGACUCCGGGAGAAGUCCAAGGAGCCAAGCCAAAAUUGUUGCAAGGUAUCAAAAAAACCGGACAAAUUAGACAAGUCAGACAAGCCAGACAAAUCAAACAAUCCAGACAAACCUCCACUAAAACGAAAAGUCAACAGAAGACUUCCAGUACUGUCAAGUAGCAGCAGUAGCAGUAGCAGCGAAUCUAGCUCUGAAGACUCUUCAGCAAGCAGCUCUUCUUCAGAAGAUUUACCAGUUGCUUGUAAAAAAUCUCCAAAAAAAGAUCAACCAGAGUCUGAAAGUCCCUGGGGCUUCGCUGCUGCUGCUGCUAAAUUAAAAGUAGACGCUCCGUUAUUCAGCAGCAUUAAUAACACCUUUGGAGCGACUCUUCCUAAGUUAGAUCUUGGUGAGAAGCCAACUUUUGGUCUUCAUAUUCAACCUGCAGCAAGUCCUAGUGCUAGAAUUAAAAAGAAGUCUUCUGAAAGCUCCGGAGGAAUUAAUUUAGAGAAGGUUAAAGGCGUUGGACAGCUUAAAGGACUUUAUGAUGGUCUUAGUCAUUUCUUCCUCGCUCCUGGGAACAGCAGAGUUAGGUCUGGUGAUAAAGCGCCCAAUUAUGCGCCAGAUAGGAGAAAAAAAAAUGAAGAUGAGAAGGAAAAAGAAAAGGAGAAGGAGAAGGAGAAGGAGAGGAAGGAAAAGGAGAAAGUUAAGGUUGUUAGGAAGAAAGAAUUGAAGGAAGUAAAGGAAGGGAAGGAAAUUGAGGAAGACAAGAAAAUGACUCCGAGUAAUUUGGUGAAAACUGCGGUGAAUUCGAAGCGACAUGAGCAGAGCCGCAGGCGCACUAUGAACGCUGUUAAGUGCGCGGACUUGAAGAAAAACUCGGGGGAUGAUAGGGAUAAAAGCUGUGGGAAUGGUUUACUUGUUGAAGGAGCCAAGCAACUUCAGGCUGAUCUACCAAAGUCCAAUCCUGGUCACUCGAAAUCCUCCCAACCACGAGCCUGUACUAGCGCCAACACCACCAACACCACCACGACACCCCGCGCGACACCCUGCUCCAACAGGAAGGAAGAAGCGAUGAUGAUGCAGAACUUGCCCUCGGGGGUUACGCAGAAGGACCUGGAGUUGUUCAAAGAGGCAAGAGAGCAGGCGAACCGGCUGACAGAAACGGAUAACGAUGCGGAGCCAGCCUCAACGAGUCCCGGAGGAACGGGCCCAGGAGUAGGAACGAGGAACCCUGCUGCGAUUGUCUUCGGAAGGUACGAGGUCGAGACCUGGUACUCGAGUCCGUUUCCCCAAGAGUACGCCCGGCUGCCGAAGCUCUUCUUCUGCGAGUUCUGUCUGAAGUACACCAAGAGCCGGGCAGUUUUGGAUCGACACAUGGACAAGUGCCAGUGGAGACAUCCACCGGCUACGGAAAUUUAUCGCUGCAAUGAUUUGUCGGUGUUUGAGAUUGACGGCAACGUAAACAAAAUCUACUGUCAAAACCUCUGCCUGUUAGCAAAAUUAUUCCUGGACCACAAAACCUUAUACUACGACGUGGAGCCCUUUCUCUUCUACGCAGUGACCAAAAACGACAAAUACGGUUGCCACUUAGUAGGUUACUUCUCAAAAGAAAAGCACUGUCCCUCUCAGCGUUACAACGUGUCCUGCAUAAUGACCCUCCCGCAGUACCAACGUCAAGGUUUCGGUCGCUUUUUAAUCGAGUUUAGCUACCUCCUCUCCAAAGUGGAAGGAAUUCCUGGCACCCCUGAGAAACCUCUAUCCGACUUGGGCCGCGUAUCUUACCACUCCUUCUGGAAAAGCGUGGUCCUGGAGCACCUGGACGCUCACCGGGACGCUAAGGAGAUAAAAUUAGGAGACAUCACCAAGGAAACCGGAGUUUCCGCGCACGAUAUCGCGACGGCACUUCAGUUACUGGGUUUCGUCCGUACCCUGGACAAGACUGUAAACGACGUGUGCAAAGGCCGGAUCGCUGUAGUCGUAGACUGGAGCAAGGUGGACGUUCAUAUGGUCAAGGUCAAGAAGAGCUCCAGGAUUCCUCUUGAUCCUGAUUGUCUUCGGUGGAUUCCUCUGCUUACCCAGAUUCCUAAUCCUUACCAGAGUCCUGAAGAGGCUAGUGAAGCUAGUCCAGAAAUUGUCCAGGAAAUUUCUCCUAAGCCAGUCACUGCAAUGGUGGAGAAGAUCCAGAAGGUUAAGAUCAAAAAGCGGCCGAGAGGAAGGAGAAUUGGGGUCAGGAGGUCUGUUAAGCCUAGAAGUCCGCUUAAGACUCCUAAAGUUAAGGAGAAGGAGAAGGAAAAGGAGAAGGAUAAAAAGGUUGAAGAAGAGGAAGAAGGAGGGAAGGAUAUAGAGGAAGGAGAUGAAGGUAAAUGUGGAGAGAAUGAGGAGAAAGAGGAGAAAAAGGACAAAGAUAAAGGCAGUGGGAAUGUCGCGGAUGUUGAAGAUGAUAUGGAGGAAGUUAAAACUCCAAGGAAUAGUCGCAGUAUUAUGAACAAGAGUAUUCCGAUAACAAACACUCCGAAACUUUCGACUCCUGUGUCGAUAAGUAGGAGGAGAAUAAGAACUCCGAAGACUCCCGUAGACAUUCCGUUGACCACAACGCCCUCUAGGAAACGGAAACAUUCCGAAAAGACUGAGGAGGAGAAGGUCAAAGAGGUUAAAGCUAAAAGAGGACGGGAGGUUAAGGAGAAGAAGGAUAAGGAGAAGGAGAAGGAGGAUAAGGUGGAGAAGGAGAAGGAGAAGGAAAAGGAGAAGGAGAGGGAGAAGGAUAAGGAGAAGAGCUUUGCUAAGAUGACGGAGCGGGCUAGUAAGCAAAGCAAGCUUGAUGAUAUCCUGAUGAAGGUUACUAGUAGGCAGACUAAGAGUUUGUUGGCGAAGGAGAAGAAGAAGAAGCUUGAGGAGGAGAAGGAGAGGAAAGAGGAGGAAAAGAAGGUGGAGUGUAAUGGUAAGGAGGGGAUUGAGGAGAAGGAUAAAGGGUUGGGAAGGAGGCGAGGGAAGAUUACUUAUAAGAUUGCGGAGCUUGCUAAGGCGAAGAAGGAGAGACUUAGUCCGGUUAGGGUGGCAUCUAGGAGUAGUACUCCUAAGUUUGAUAAGAAACAGUUGACGAUUCCCCAGAUAAUGGCGCCGGUUAAGAAGGUGGAGGAGGAGAAGAAGGAGGAGAAGGGGAAGGUUGAGACGGAAGUUUCGACUGCCAGUCCUGGGGAGUAUGAAGGCGGGGAUGAGGAUGAGGGAGAAGAGGAAGAGGAUUUGAGGCCUAAGAAUAUUCCGAGGAUUAGUAAGGUUGUUGAGGAGGUUUGUGAGCGAGUUACGCCUGUACCUGAGGAGAAGGAAGAACCUAAGGAGGAGAAGGAGAAGGAAGUUGAAGUUCCUGUUGUGGAGGUUCUUGAGGUGGAGAAGCCUGUAGAGCCAGAGCCUGUAGAGCCGGAGCCGAUGGAAGUUGAUAAGGAAGAGAAAGUUGAGGAGAAGGAAAAGGAAAAGGAGGAAGAGGAGAAGGAGCCUGAGCCAGAAGUGGAGAAGGUGCAAGAGAAGAUGGAGGAACAAGAGCUGGUGAAGGAAGUCAAGGAACUUGAAGAGUCUCCGGUUCCGGAGGAACCUAAAGAAUCUCCAGUAGCUCCUUUGGAAGAAGUCGCGCCGGUAGUCGAGGAGAAGCCAGUGGUGGUUGAGCAGCGGGAGAUGAUCCAGCCCCCGGAAGAAAAGCAACACUCUCCCGAAAGCGGGAAGACUACUCCACACUUGGAGAACCCAGGAUCGGUUAAGCGGACGCCGCCUCAACCAGAUCUUCCUUCCAUGGGAGUCUACACUCCUGAUUCUACUACUAACUCUGUGCACUCCUUGCACUACGGCCAAUGUGACCUGGACGUUAGUCAACUAGGUCUAGAGUCUCCGACUUCAAUCGCCAGUGACCUGGCCUCCCAGCACAGUGUGGAGCGACCUCCCAGUGCUCUUCCGUCAAUAACAGUACCAGUGCCCCUGAACAACCCCAUACAGAUACCUCCGCCCUCAGUAGCCAUGUCCCAAGUCCACUACGACUGCGCGAUCUCCCACUCGCCCCACAUGGCGAUCCACCACGGGUCCAUGCACCAGCCGCUCCAGCAACCGCGAACGCCCUCUAGUAUCCCCACCCAAAGUCCCCAGCCCCACCAAUCUCACACUCCCCAGCCCAUUCAAUCUCACACUCCCCAGCCCAUUCAAUCUCACACUCCCCAGCCAAUUCAAAGCCAUACGCCCCAACCGAUACAAAGUCACACCCCCCAGCCCAUACAGAGUCACACCCCACAGCCCAUACAGAGUCACACACCCCAGCCAAUACAAAGCCACACCCCCCAGCCUCUAGUCCACACAAUAACCCACAGCCCCCAGCCGAUGCAACUUAUGGUCCAGCAGUCUCCGCACCACCACCACCAAGCCCAGUCUCAAUCUCAAUCUCAGUCCCACCAAGGUCAGAUUCAAGGUCAAGGACCAGCCCAGUCACAAUCUCAAGGACAAACCCAGUCCCACAGCAGUAGCAAGCGAGCAAAUGGCUCCCAGACCCACAGAUCUAGGUCCAACCAGCAAAGAUCUCACCGAGCGACUCCCCCGGCCUCCCAGAGCCAGCAUAUCCACACAGUGACUCACGGAAGCGCGCUCCCACCCCAGUACCAACAGACCACCAUGUCCGUCCCUCAUCACACCCACUCGCACUCUCACUCCCACAACAUGGCGGUGAUCUCCCAGGGAAACUACAUGGCAGUCGCUUCCCAAGGAUUCCCUUCGCAAAGCACUUACGUGAUCCAGCACAGAGGUGGAAGAUCAGGAGCACCAACGCCCUGCACCACUGCUACCAACUUCUACAUCCAAACUUCAGCAAUGCCACACUCUCACACACCCUCGCCAUCUUUAACCGGGUCCACUAAUCACCAGACCCCCAGCUCUUGUAGCCUUACCAAGCUUCAACAGCUGACCAACGGCCUGGAGAUGAUUCCUCCUACCCCAGCUUCUUCUAUGAAUCUCACUCCACCGCCCAUUUCCCACAACAUGACCCCGCCGCAGAACUCACGGCAACUUCCAACUCCACCUCAAGUUCCGCUAGGGUACCCCAAGAACUACUACAACGUCAACACCGCCACAGGACCCAGCAGGUCCACGUCCAGGUCAUCCGCUAACACCAAUAUGACCUCCCUGACCCAAUACCCUUCAGAGAGCCUCUAUAGGCAAACUCUGGACCCUGGCAGCACCUGUCCUCAAAUGCAGAGUUCUGCCUCUAGGGUGAGCACCAAUGUGGCGCUUAAUACCAAUCUAAUGGCUGCUGCGCAAUAUGGCUACCGGGUUAGUCAGCCAACCAGUGGAUACAUGAACCAGGCGGCACAAAUUGGAGGAUUCAUGAACCAGGCUGGACAAUUGCCCGUUGGGGUCGUCAAUGUUCCUGCUCCCUACUCUCAGGAUCCUCAUCAGCAAAAUCCGGUUUAUACUUAUCAUGGGUACAUCAACAGUGGGCUCAUGCAACCCCUUAAUGGUACCAUGCGCCCCCGAUAAAUUAGUUAGAUGAUGUUAAGGUUGAAGCAAUAAGGACAGGCUGGGGUUAACCUCAAUGUUGUGUAAAAUAUAUAUAAAUAUUUAUAUAGUCUAAACGUUUUAUCGUUAUUCCGCGGGUGGAGAGUUUAAUAAAAGGUUGAGGUUCUUUUUUAUAUUUAAUUUACUUUUUUAUUUACAAAUUAUUAUUGUUAGACUUGUUAGGUUUCUCCACCGCACGGCGUUGUACUUUCUGUAUUAUAAAGCUUGGUUUUUUUCGAUGAUAAGGCGGGUUUUAAAUUUGGCGGGAAAUUUUGAAAAUUCCCGCGGUUUUUGUCGGCCAAUAAGCAACCGCGAAAUUUGAAUUUGCCGCUUAAAUUAAAAUCCGCCUUGAGGAUAUGUUAAAGCUUGGUUUUAUGCUUUGUGCACUACACGUGAUUGUUACACUGCAUUUUAAAAUGCUCUAGUUUUAAAUUUAGCAGACUUUUAUUGCAUUUUUAAGGAUAUUCAUAUAAUUGUCUGCUUAAUUAAGUUUAAUAAAAUAGAGCUAGAACAUUUUAAUGCAUAUAUACGCUAAGAAAAAUAAAAUGAAAAAUUAACCUCAAUUUUUUAAUU